AUGGCGCCUGCCGCAAAUGGCCUUCCCAUGCGCUUCCCGUGCUGGUGCAAGGCAGUGUACUCAUGGGGUGGUGAGACCAAACGCGACCUUGGCUUCAUAGAAGGAGACCUGAUCGAAUGCCUCAACGCCGGCGAUGGAUCGUGGUGGAUGGGACGAUUGAAGCGCGACAGGCGCAUGGUCGGAUUGUUCCCCUCUAACUUCGUCGAAUUGCUGCCCGAAGACUUCCAGCCAUGGAGUCGCAACACAAGCCCGAUGACCGGCCCAGGGAGCAUAUCGAGGCAGAAUAGCGCUCAGCCUGUCAAGCAGACGCCUCAGAAGGCGAAGACAUUCCGCAAGCCCUUCACGGCCUACGCAGCUGCACAAGCACCCAACCCGGCGGCUGCUGCGCGCCAAAUCGUGAAGGCCGGCGGCAUCGCACCGAGUCCCAAUGGCAGCUUGCGCGCGCAACAUAAACCAUACGCUUCCAUGAAGAGGUCGUCGACCGAAAGCCGCGACAGAUCCUCGACCGAAAGCCGUGCGUCUCCUCUACCAUCCAAACGCCCUUCGAACCUUCGAGCGGUAUCGCCGCGACCAUCGACGGCGCCAGCGCCAAAGUACACACGCGCCCCAUCGCCAGCUCCGCCGAACAAAUACCAAGGAUACUCGCGGUCGCCUUCGCCAGCGCCUCCUGCGCAGUAUCAGCAACAUGCAAGAGCUGUCUCGCCCGCUCCGCCAACUCAAUACCAAGCAUACUCGAGGUCUCCUUCGCCUGCACCGCCUACGCAGUAUCGACCAGCAUCACGAGCUGUUUCACCUGCACCGCCAGCGCAAUAUCGGCCACCUUCACGAGCUGUAUCACCUGCACCCCCAGCUCAAUAUCGCCCAUCGUCGCGAUCUGUAUCACCCGCACCGUCCUUUCAAUAUCGCGCAUAUGAUCGAGGUCCAUCGCCGUCGCCGUACCAAGAUGAACAGUUUCGGAGACAGUCAAUGGCGUCAAUGGCGUCCUUUCAAGAUAUGGGGUCCCCUCCGCCUCCACCUCCUCCUCCGCACCGCGUUGCCUAUAAUCCGAGCAGAGCGCCCUCACCUGCGCCGCCGCAGCAUGGCUACCAUACACCUGAGCCUCCAUCUCCUGACCCACGUACCGGAAGUAAGGGCAACUUUACGCCGUCGCCAUUGACGAACGCAAUGGGCGAUGUCAUGUCUGCUCUACAAGACAUGAGCGUGGCAUCCCCAGGUGAGCGUGCUACACCACCCGGUGUCUGGUCACCGGAGGCGUUCGAUGAGGUGUACAAGGCAUCAGCGAGGAAUAAAGUGCGUGCACAAACGUCGAUAGGGAUCAGCAAUGAUAGUGGAUUCUACGACGGUGAGGAGACGUUGGACGAUGGCCCACCCCAAGUCCACAAUUACGUUCAGCGAAUGGAGAGUCGCUUGCGCCGCAUGCAUCAGCAGGAAGGUCCGAAGAAUGACGAGCUCUUCAUACCUGGAGAUGCGUCAGGCCAGCCACCCGCAGUUCCGCCGAAGAACAAGUACCAGAGCAGACCUGGGUCCGUCAUGGCAGAGACAGAAGACAUGGAGCGCAGAGGGUCGAAAACUCUCCGCCAUCGCAAGUCAGCAUACGAGAUCGGCAAGAACGUUUUGGGUAGGACCUUCACAACGAAGACCAAUUCGACCACUGCAACGCAUACGAGCAGUAGUACGAAUCGAAGCCUAAUGUCCGGGGCAUCUGCAACAAACAUGAGCUCUACAAGCGCCGGAAGCUACUACCGCAAGAAGUUCGCUAAAGAGCGACCAAAGAGCGUGAUGGAAACCUCCAGAGGUGCAGGCAAGGGCUUCGGGUUUGAUGAGGGACGACCAGAAUCACCCUUCACGGGAGUCACAUAUCAUUCCAGUCAUGCUUCUGGAGAGAGGCCUGGUUCAAACGAAGGGCAGCAGCCCUGUCAAGACGGUCCCGAUCCGCUGGGAGGAUUGAUGCAACCGACAAAGAGAAAGAGCGGUUUCUUCAGGAAGAUGAUCGACACUGCCAAAACGCAAGCUGCCAACGCACGCAGUACCAUUGCAUCAGGAUCAAUUAGCAGGCCAGGCUCCCGAGCAGCCAGUCGAGCAGCGAGUAGAGCGGGCAGUCGAGCAGCCAGCCGACUGGAUGGUCGAGGUCCGAUAGGCAUCGCAGGAGGGACGGCGGUGCAAUCGAACGCGGCACGGGAUAUGGGUUUGAACGGAUCAGUCGACUGGGUCCAAGUGCGAAGAGAUAUCAAUCGGUCCAAUUCCCUCAGCAAAAACGAAAGAACCGAACGCGCCGAUCGCUGUCAGAUGAUGGAUAUACCAGUCAUUAACCCAGUCGACAUCUUGUAUGACUCUGCUGAAGGAGACGAGGGGCUGGACGGACUGCCAAUAACAGAUCCUACGGACUUCAGCGCGUCUAAUCUUGUUCUAGUUGACAAAAGUGCAAGGUUCAUCAACAGCAUCCCCCUCGGAACAACGCCUACAUCGCUGGCGCAAGGGUAUGUCUGUAGGCCAUACAGAAGUGACGUUCAGCGUCUACGAGCCAUCUUCACGUGGGUUAGCGAGCGUAUAGCUUGGGAGGAAGACUUUGAAGGCGAGAUCGAUACACGUCAUGUGCUCCAGAGCAAACGCGGCUGCUCCCACGAAAUAGCUAUAAUUGUGGCAGAGAUGUGUGCGUCCGUUGGUCUACAUGCAGAGGUUGUCAGAGGAUACCUCAAGACUCCAGGAGAGCCUUUAGAUCUGGAAAGCGUGGCACACCCCAACCAUUUCUGGAACGCAGUCAUUGUUGAAGGCGAAUGGCGUAUAAUGGACUGUUCGCUGGCCGGACCCACCAACCCCAAAAGGGUGCAAUAUUCCAACGCCGGUUCCUCAGUCGCUGAGAUUUGGUACUUCCUCGCCCGGCCGAUGGAGGUCUGCUAUUCUCACGUUCCGCUGCUGCCGGAACAGCAACACAUCUGCCCCCCGCAACCCCACGAUGUCUUGAUGGCAUUGCCGUGCGCAACACCCAUCUACUUCAAGCACAACCUCCAUUUGGCGGACUUCGAUACCAGCUUGCUCAAUCUGGACAACCUCGAGAUGGCACAUAUUCACAUCAACGUCCCUGAGGAUGUUGAAUGUGUCGCAGAAGUUGAAGCAAGAGCCAUUACCCAAGAUGCGGAUGGUGACUAUUUUGAAAGUGGCGAUAUCGUCCGGAAGCCAGCACUUGCACAGGCAGAAUGGAUUGGAGGCCAGAAAAGAUAUACUGUGAAAGCAGUACUGCCGAGCGAUGAGGGUCAUGGUGUGCUCAAGGUGUAUGCUGGACCUCGCGGUCUCAUGCACUCCAACAAGUUGAAUCCUCAUUCUCUAGCCCUCGGUCUCCCCAUCACGCACACAGGCACGAACCCUCCAUACUCGUUCCUCACGCUCCAUCCCACUCCCCACGCUCAGCGCCACGACCUCUAUGUCGCCCAACCGCAAUGUGCCAACAUUGCGCUCAACAAUACCUUCGUCUUCACCGUACGCCAGCAUCCCUCAUCGCUCACACGGACGCCCGAGGUUACUUCGCCUGGCCUCACCGGCCGCGCCUCACCCAACCCUUUUGCGCGUCCAGCAUCGGCUAUGAGCAUGCAAAGUGUCUCAGCCUCCGGAUCAAACUAUACAAAUCCAUCGCAAGCAUCGUCCAGCUCAUCGGGCAGCACUUCGAUGAAGCCGGCCAAGCUCGCGGUGCAGACGCCAUCAGGCAAGAUCAUCCGAUUGACGAGGAAGAGCGAACACAUGAGCGGGACCAACGAUGGCGAUGGAAGCUCGUGGGAGACUGUCAUCAAGAUUGGCGAGAAAGGGACGUGGAGGGGUCUGGUGCUCGCGGAUCGCAGUGCGAGGUGGUGUGUCUUUGCGCAGUGGGAGUGUGCCUAA